AUGGUCAGAGUAAAGUUCAAAUAUAACUUGAUUCUGAAAAAGGGUGCCCAGGUCCGCGUGGUGGUGGCGAGUGUGGUGUGCUUGGUGCUGCUGGCUGCCGUGUGCGACGGAGCCUCCAUCACCAGUAUGUGCAUCAGGAACUGCGGGCAGUGCAAGGAAAUGUACGGCGACUACUUCCACGGGCAGGCCUGCGCCGAGUCCUGCAUCAUGACGCAGGGCAUGAGCAUCCCCGACUGCAACAACCCCUCCACCUUCAAUCGCUUCCUCAAGAGGUUCAUCUAAGGAAGCACCUUAAUAAAUCUCGAGUC